GUUCGGCUCUGAAGGUUAUGUGACAAGGUGGCUUUCUCCACCUUGGUCACCAGCCACCACGGUUUAUGUUAUUGCUACAUACGCCAUUACUGACUUCAACCAACGAAGAAAUACCCUCACCUCCCGUCCUCACACCUCCCGGUCCGAUCCAGGACGUGGAGCAGCACAACUUUCAACCCAGAUCCUGUCAAGACUGAAGCCAUUCAACAGACUGCAAGUAAUAUUACAACAUUUGAAAAUGUCUAAGCAAACAGAUUCGACAGCUGAAGUGUUGUUGGAAAAGAGAGGAGGUGCAGGAAUAAUAACUUUGAAUAGACCCAAGGCUCUCAAUGCACUAAAUCUUUCCAUGAUCCAACAAAUUUAUCCACAAAUAAAGACUUGGGAGCAAGAUCCUGAAACUUUCCUAAUAAUUAUAAAGGGAACUGGAGGAAAAGCUUUUUGUGCUGGGGGUGAUAUCAGAGCCAUCACAGAUGCAGGAAAAGUUGGAGGUAGACUGGCACAAGAUUUCUUCAGAGAAGAAUAUAUCCUGAACAAUGCCAUUGGCACUUGCAAGAAGCCAUAUGUGGCACUUAUCGAUGGCAUUACAAUGGGAGGGGGCGUUGGCCUCUCAGUCCAUGGACAUUUCCGAGUUUCUACAGAAAAGACACUGUUCGCGAUGCCAGAAACAGCAAUAG